CCUGCGCAGCCCCUCCAUGCGCCUCGCCGGUGGCGCCGGCUCGCCCCGGGCUGUGCCCUCGCCCGGGAACGGCAGCCGGUGGCAGGCGGCGGAGCCCGGCGGCGGCAGCAGUCCCAGUCCCGAGGCGUGGUCGGGGUCGCCCAACAACAGCCUGGGGGGCUGGGACCCCUUCGGGCGGGACGAGGAGCUGGCGAAGCUGGAGAUCGCGGUGCUGGCCGUCACCUUCGCGGUGGCGGUGGUGGGCAACGGCAGCGUGCUGCUGGCCCUGCGGCGCACCCCGCGCAAGGCGUCCCGCAUGCACCUCUUCAUCCGCCACCUCAGCCUGGCCGACCUGGUGGUGGCCUUCUUCCAGGUGCUGCCCCAGCUCUGCUGGGAGGUGACCCACCGCUUCCACGGCCCCGACGGGCUCUGCCGCGUCGUCAAGCACCUGCAGGUCUUCGGCAUGUUCGCCUCGGCGUACAUGCUGGUGGCCAUGACCGCCGACCGCUACAUCGCCGUCUGCCACCCGCUGAAGACGCUGCAGCAGCCCACCAAGCGCUCGUACGGGAUGAUCGCGGCGGCCUGGGCGCUCAGCCUGCUGCUCAGCACUCCUCAGUACUUCAUCUUCUCCCUCAGCGAAGUGGAGCGCGGCUCGCAGGUCUACGACUGCUGGGCGCACUUCAUAAUGCCCUGGGGUCCCCGCGCCUACAUCACUUGGAUCACCGGCGGCAUCUUCAUCGCGCCUGUCCUCAUCCUCGUCAUCUGCUACGGCUUCAUCUGCUACCACAUCUGGCGCAACGCCCGGGGCAAGACGCGCCCAGGGGAGGCGGCAGCGGCGGGUAGCGGGCGCCGAGCGGCUGAUGGUGGCCCGCGACGGGGGCUGCUGCUCGCCCCCUGUGUCAGCAGCGUCAAAACCAUCUCCCGCGCCAAGAUCCGCACCGUCAAGAUGACCUUCGUCAUCGUCUCGGUGUACGUCGUUUGCUGGGCGCCCUUCUUCACCAUCCAGAUGUGGUCCGUCUGGGACCAGCGCUUCCCCUGGGUCGAUUCUGAAAACACUGCGACUACUGUCACGGCUCUGCUGGCCAGCCUGAACAGUUGCUGUAACCCGUGGAUCUACAUGUUCUUCAGUGGGCACCUCCUCCAAGACUGCAUACAGAGCUUCCCUUGCUGCCAAAAAAUAAAGCAAACACUGAGUAAAGAAGAUUCAAACAGCAAUAGCAGGCGACAGACUUCUUUCACCAACAACAGGAGCCCAACCCACAGCCUGAGCACCUGGAGAGAGAUGCCCCACUCCAAAUCAACCAGCUUCAUCCCCAUUCCAACAUGAGACAGGCCUCGGGCAGGCAGGGCUUGCAGUCCCAUCACAGUGUUUGGGAAGGUUAUGGCAUGGCACUUUAUGCCAGUCCAGGGCACCAUCAUGGUACCAAGGAACGACUAAGAGGGCCAUAAGACAAAAAGUGCCACCUUGCUUGAUAGGCUAUGCUGCAGCAUGUAAAUUAUUUUCUGAAAGUUAUUUCGAACUUGUCCAACUGAUCAGGAAGGUGUGGCAAAAAUAAAGCAAUUAUUUUUUUUAAAUAGAGGUUAUUUGAAUUUUUUGUCUGUUUCUGAAAUACUAAGUGCAUUGUUUGCUUGCUGUUUAAAGCAGUAAAAGUAACGGAGUUGCCAUGUGUUGGGGUAACUCUACUCUCUAGUGUUAAUGCCUAAAACUUCUCAUGAUUGUUCAAUGAAGUCACAGGGAAAGAAGACAAUAUGAGCAAGAUUACAGUUUAGUCUUAGACAUUAAAGGAAAGGAGCUUGAAAAAAGUCUUGGCUGUCUGGAUAAGGAAUGUGAUUAGACAGACUCUGAGUUGUUCGAAUUCAGUUGCUCAUGCUGCUUCAUCUUCUAAAGGUCUAGCGGUUCUCAGACACUGAAAUUUAACACCCCUUGUAGAGGCAAAUGUUUUAGUGCUGUCAAUGUCUGUAUGUGUAUUGUGGAGUUUCAUUUUUCGAGUGACAUUUCCUGUUUCCUUUACGUUGAUGGAAAUUAUACAGCAUAUUUGUGUGUGUUUGUCUGUGUGUGUCUGUGUGUUUGUUGUUGCACCUACUUUCAUUUUUUUAAACAAAUUAAAAAAAUAUAGUCAUAAAUAAGUAUGAUAUGCUAUGACUAGCUCAGCACAGUUACAAACAGAUGCACCAAGAAAACUCAUAAUGAAUACCAGAACCACUUGCUUUAUGGGUAGGAAUGCCAUCUUUCCUUUUUUUAAUUCCGUCAGACAUCUAGAUCAAACUACAUUUGGUUGUCAAGCAAAUAACCUCAUGAAUUCGGGAGAGUUUAGUCAUUUUGUAAGAGCUAUAGAACCAGUAUAUUCCAAGACACRGAUCUGAAAAUCAAACUUACAAGUGUUCUGGGAACAUAUAAAAAUUGUCAAUGUUGUUCGUUUGCCUUUUUAAAAAAAAUUAUUUUUAUUGCCAGAUCAUGRCAAUGUAGUCUUAAAAAUUGUCAGUAAACUGCAAUAAAAAGUCAUCACAACACAUUUGCUAAUUACAAAGCAUUCAAGGUGUGCUUGUUUUCAAUACAAUGCAUGCCAAGUUGACUGUAGUUCAUUUAUAUGGUGAAUUAUCCUAUUACAUCUUUCCUUGGAGCCUGUCUUUUAUCUUCAGGUUGGGUUGUGAAGUGCCUUGAGUAAGUUUUGCUGAGUUUUUGAGUCUUGAGAAUCAAUUUGACAAGUACAGCUACCAGUCUGCUCUGUUUUCCUGAGCUUUUUGGAACCUGAAAUUCAGGUGUUCCCCUGGCAGCCUGCAGACCUGCUGAUACUGGAGCAGUGGGACACAUGCGGGGCUGCACAGCACCCAUGCCAGGAGGAAACUCAGCAGCAGGUUUUUUUCUUACCCAUCAAAACCUAACAGACAAGAUUGCUUUUCUAAUUGCUUGAGGAGAUUGCAUGUGGCUUUCACUGAGGAUGGAUCCCAUGCCUGCCCUUUUAAUGGUAGCAAAAAUUGAAAGUUUGAUGCAGAAUAAGAUCAUAUUAAGCCACUCCAGAAGCUUCCCCAUUGAACUUUUUGGGCAAAGAGUAGGGAAUAUUAUACCUAAAUGAAAUUUUUGUUUAAAUAGAUUUUUUUUUGUCACUAAAGAAAAUCUUGGCUCUUCUGUCUACUUUCCUUGUAUUUGCAGUUGUUCAAAGCACUGGAACCCAGAGGAUAGCGUGGUGGGAUGGCUUAUAUUUUACAGACUAUCUUUUUUACCAUGGUUAAUAUACAGCUCUCACCAGCUCUGGACGAAGGUUUGUGAACCUGAAGUAAUAUUUUAGUAAAAAAAAAAUGCAUGCAGUGGUGUUACGUGUGUGUUUGUGCACAUUAUAUGUACUGUGUAUAUUUUGCAAGUAAGUAAUUCACAGUUACUGAAAUUGCAAGUAUUUCAAAUUAGGUAAACUACGCUUUUGCCUAGUUUUCUGUUUGUGCUACUACUUUCUUUGUACAUGAAAUCUACAUUAAAAAGCAAUUACCUGUAUUAACAGAAUUUUCAUGUUUGCAUAAUUGAAUUGUUUUUCUAUUACACAUUGCAUUCAAACAGAAAAGAUAAUAAAAAACGUGUGUAGAAUAAUGUUGAUAAUAAAAAUGAGCUGGGUAAUGACCAAUAUAUGUAUUAAAGCAAUCAGACAUAAAAUUGUAAAUUUAGGGUUUUUUKGAAUAUGUUACAAAAUCUAGGCUUACAUUUGGAGCUUGUCAGCAUGAAUUCUCCCUGUGAGUGUUCUACAGUUUCUCUAAUUAAACUGAAAACACAAUUUUCAGUAUUUGGUUUCCAGACAUUUUUUGUAAAUACUGAAUUUUUUACGUAAUUGUAAUGUURGAAGAUACAGCCAAUAUAUUUUAAUUGUUCAUCUGUGGAGAUAUUUUUUUAAAAGCUGCUUUGGGUUAUCAUGAGGAUACUGUAAUGGACACAGAAGAAAACAAAAAAUUGUUAAACCAUUGCAAGUUUAAAACAUGGAAACAUGCUCUAAUAA